AGCCUGAAGCCCCUAAGAAGUUUUGCCCUUCUGUGAAAAAUCCUCCAAAGACCCCAGGGUGGAUCUACUGCUCCCCCAUAACCAUGGAGGCUUCUCUUGUUGUCUGCAUCCUCGCUGCUCUCCUGGCUACGGGGGCCUGUCUGCAGUGUGAGCGUUGUGAAGAAGAAGGACCCAGCUGCACGGGGAGCCUACAGACCUGCACUGCUGGGCAAAACUCUUGUGGCGUCGUUCUAACAGAAUUGACACUCGGGGGAGAGAAGACCCAGACCAUUAUCAAGGGCUGUGCGACAUCCAGCCAAUGUAACACAAGGUUCGUCUCGACAAAUUUUGGGAAGGGAAUGAUGACAAGGACGAGCAUCGCCUGCUGCCAGACGGACUCCUGCACACCGACGCCUGUUAAAGUGCCCCCGGCUGACACCAAACCCAACGGCCGGCGCUGCCCAGCCUGCUACGCUCCGUCCUCUCAGCAGUGCCGUGAAGAGACCAUACAGUGUACUGGAGCCGAGACCCAAUGUAUGGACAUCGCCGGGCCCCCAAAAUCUGGUGGAUCUGCCACGAAGACCAUCAUGAAGGGCUGUGGUACUCAGUAUGUCUGUGACCAAAUAAAUGAGGGUUCUGGGACCUUCGCAGGGAUCAAAGCAGAGGUAACCACGGCCAGAUGCUCACCAGCCACCAGCGCGGCCGGCACAGCUCUGGGACCAGCUGGGCUCCUCUUCCCAGCCCUCGCUGGGCUCCUCCUGCUGAAGUUUCUCUCCUGAUUUCCCACUCGGUGCAAUGGCCACGCCACACCCAAUAACACCCCGGCCGCCUGCAUUAGCCCCUCUCGGCAGCCGCUCUCCCCUCUCAGGGGCUCUGGGCUCCCGCCUGGAUUCGCUUCCCCUUUAUAUUGUUCCGCUUAAUAAAACAAACUGGAGACCAAA